ACUUUUGUCCAAUCAAACGUCUCCACUCUUCCUAUGUUGCCCUAGACACGUGUUGCCACUGUGUUAAUUUGCAGCUAUGAUUAUGCUUCUCAUAAAAAAAAACCCUUGAAAAUAAAACAGAAACUCAAGAGAGGAAAAAAAAUAAAAAUAAAAAAAAAUAAAGGAUUGAGAUUUUGAAGAGAAAAAGAAGGGAAAACUGAGAAAACCUGCGGUUUGUUUUCUGGCGUGGAAGAGAUGAACAGUGAUGAGAAAUGGAGGUAUGUUACCUACACAUGGGGUUCGCAAGAGAAAACGGUGAACAUCAAUCCGAUAAUGCUAAGAUUCCGUCCAAUCGCUCCAAAACCGGUGACCGGAGAGUCUGGUUCCGGUGGGGCUCAGUUUGGUAACAAAAACUUGUUGCUUUGUAAGCCAAGAGCUAAAAGAAAGUACGUUAGGGUUCGAAAGAAUAAUACCAAGAGAAAGAAAAGAUCAUCAUCAUCAUCAUCACCAUCAGAUCAUGAAGAAGCUUCAAACAAAACUGAAAAGGCUGUUACUUUGCAGUUAUUACCAGAGAAAACUGAAGCAAUUGGAUCAAUUAACGAUGAAAACGGUGUAGUUUUGGAGGAAAAUAAUCAAGAUCUACCUUCGUUGUUUAACUUGAACAACAGCGGUUGGAUUAAUCGUAUCGCUCCUUUGGAGGAGCCUGAUCGGAAGGCGGUGAUGAGUCAAACGGAAAGGGCAACGGUGGUUGAGUCCUGGGUUACGGUGGAGUGCGUGACGGAGACUUGCAUGGAUGGGAGAGAGCUAGGAAGUACUGACGUCGAAAAGAUGAAGAAUCUUGAGGCCGACACGUGUCCAGGGUUUAUAUCCGACGGUUUAAAUAGGGUUCAGUGGGUUAACGGGGCAUAUAAGAGGAUGUUGAUGGCGGGGGAAGGGCGUGAGGAGUGGUUGCCGCCGAAGAUAACGGUUUGGCUUGUGAUUAAACAAGAGUUGCCUACGUUUUGCACUGCAUUUUCAUGCAAGGUAAGGUUGCAGUUCAUGUGGGGCAACAAGUGUUCCACAAUAAUGUUGCCGUGUGAUGUCUGGAAAAUGGACGGCGGCGGUGGUUUUGCAUGGCGGCUCGAUGUCGAGGCUGCUCUCAGUCUCGGCCGUUAAGGUAAACUUGUAAUGGAGGGCUGAUGGAUGGGCGAGAAAGAAGGGAACAUGUACACGUUUCUGCUGGAAGUGUAUAUAUGAAUAUGAGAUGGUAAGUGUUUGAACUUAGAGAAUGAAUUAAUGUAUUAUAGAUUCGAUGAAAGGUAGGUCUUGAAGUCUUAGUUUUUCUUUUGGUCAAGAAAUGAAGAUGGAUUAAUGGGUCAGGCAUUGUAAAAAGGGUGAAAUUCUGAAGAUAAUUAAACCCCUAAUUUGUCUACCAAUAUCCAUAAAUCAAGACUGGUAUGUUUCUUUUGAGCCUAUUACAAUUACACCAAAAAUAAAAAUAAAAAUAAAACCUUUUUUGCUGCA